AUGACAGUCUCCUAUCGGCUUAUCGCUGAACGCCCUCCCCCGGGGCCAUUACUCCGCAACCUGGGAACUCACUCUGACUGUACCCAAAGCUUCAAGAAUCUUCAGUCGCAUGGGCUAGCUUUAUCUCAGCCAAAGCGCCAUCGACAGCGAAAUGACCAGCUCUACAACCACAACGCAGGCGCAGAUCUUCCCUGGGAAAGGGCUGGGGUUUAUCAGUACGCUUCGGUGGCUGCCCUUGAUGCAACCUUGGGACUCAAGCUAACACCCCCCAUAGCUUUAGGCGCGUCGCUGCACAACGUCCUUACUCGUGUGAAGUCGUACCCUCAGACCUACCCUGCCAUCGACCUUGCAUAUUCCCCUGCAGAUCCUCUCCAGAAGCCUGUGAUACUCCAGCUGCCCUCGAAUGGCUUGCGCCUUCGAUUCGAUGGCCCUGAUCAGAGGCUUCGCUUGAUCGAAGUACUUGAGUUUUCCCGUGUAAACCUGGUCUACAAAAGCCAAGAUGUGCUCAAGGGAGGUAAAUCAACAGAGCAACCUCUGUCCUCGCAGGGUCCGAGUUUCCGACACGUCUAUAAUCGCCUGUUUGGUCCCUCAUACCCAGGAGAAUAUGUUCCGCCGGCAGACAAGUCCCCAUAUGGCACAUAUGUGCUAUCGUAUCCCGGAGUCGCAUUCUCGUUCCCUCUACAGCACUCAGCCUGGUCCGACCAGUGCGAUUUCGUAGCACUAUUAUCCUCCUCGGCCGCCCUGCCGGCCACUUCAAUGUCCAUUUUCCAGGGCUCCUCGUGGCCAGAGGUCCGAGACAAGCUAUUUACACAGCAGCCCCAAUACCCGCGCUCAUCGGCCCUGAUUGGCAAAUCUCGAGAAUCUCUCGCCGAUGAGAUCGAGGAGUGGCACAUCCUCGGUGCCGGAAGGCUCGAAGUGAUCCGCAGGACAGGGUCUCCUGUGUCCAUCAUCCUGGGCGCAACCAGCUUCCAGGAUCUGAUUGCAGACUUUGGACCCCCUGAUGCAAUAUAUCGUAAGAACGACCGUCGAAUUUCGAUUCAUCGCGCGACGGGCGGGAAUGACAUACACCUGAGCCCAUCCCCGGGCAGUAUACAUGACGGCGACCAUUCCUCCGAUAACAGUGUAACUGAUGACUCUGACGAGGAACUUGCUCCAUUUAAUGUCGGUGAUCCUACGUCACUGCCGGCUGAAUGCUUCUUGAAUUAUUUCCACCAUGGCUUUGAUGCCUUCAUCUCCUAUCCAACCACACCAGGACCCGCAUUCCCGGCUUCAGGUGUUCUCGACCCCUCGGCGUCGCCCCCAUCCUCUCAGUUGACCGUAACAAAGAUCAUCUUGCACGGAAACGUUCCAGGCUCAUACCCUUUCAACCGCCAUCGCCGAAGUCGGUGGAUGGUAUCUCUAGAUGACAGCAGUUGCUUGACAUCUGAGUCACCUUAUAGCGAAAUUUCCGAGCGACUGCGGGCUGCUUGGAAGGGCCACUAUGCCAGUCCCGCCGAGGAGCGUGCUUUACAGCGACCAAUGGUAUUAAAUCGUGGCUGGGGCGAUAGCCCUGAAAGCAGUGUGGAAUUCCUUGGUGGAUGGGAGGAAACCACCUCCAAGGGCCACCGGGGAGGGGGAGAUGGACAGGAUGGAGGGUUAGGCAACACUGAAAUGUUCGGGUUCCCGGGUUUGUUAUUCGAAGUUUUGAAGAAUGGCGCCGUGAGUUGCUUGACCGUAUACUGA